AUUACUCUCAACACUGAAGCCACUUGGAGAAAAAUUGUUCUUUUACCCAAAUAAAAAAUUGUGACAAGCUGAUCCAAUGGGAAAGAAUGGUGACUGAUGGUCACUGUACAGUUGGUGCUCAAUUACUACUACUAUAGGGGUCAUUAUAAAAAUUGCCUAAAUGGGCAUGACUUGUUUACUUGGAUCGACCAGACUACCACUAUUUGCUGAUAGUGCAAUUCCUUUUUUUUAUCUCCCUUUCCGGAAAUUUGAAGAUAAAAUGGCUCCUCUAUAUCCUUUUGGCCCACAAUCACUUUUUCAUGGCCAUCUUUGUGGCGCUGUUGUUUAUUGCAAAUAAUUGUGUCUUGAGUAGAGAAUCUAAGUGAUUGCUGAGCUAAGCCCAACAUCAUCACUGGAUCUUGUCCUUUGGGUCCAAUUUGCAGUGUUAUCAGAAAAAAAACAUCAUGCAGAAUGUUAUGUUGGGGGAUGUCUACUGUAAUAUAUAGCAAUUGUUCUUUCAUUCUCAGUAACUAGUGACCACACCUCCCUUUUAUUCAUCUGUGUUUUGGUUGUUUGGUUGAAGAUAAGAUGGAGAUAGUGAAGCCACUCUUUUUCAAGAAAGUGAAGUGACAAUAUCCUAUGUUGCACUAAACUCCUCCAACUCAAAAUAUCACUUAUUCUGUUUCUGGGGUAUUUCCUUACCUUAAGCAUGGAGCUAGAAUUUUCAUUAAAGAAUUUCAAAAUAGGAAAAAGUAAAUGCACGAAGAAGUUGAGAGGAGUUCAAUAUCUACUUUAUAUAAACAUAUAUAAACAAUGUAAGGGUUCGGAUGAACACUUUUCCCUACCUGGCUCCACCCCUAGUCAGUCCCAGUUCCCAUGACAGUUGGUGGGGUAGCUUAUGUUAUCUCUUUGUCAGAUUCUUAUACUCUGACUGUGUACUAGAAGCAAAACAAUUUUUUUAAAAAAUAAAGAAAUCAUUUUCCUACCCAACAACACUUUAAAGGUGCAGCAUUCUUUGCUUUACUUUCUCAGAUGAAGACAAUCAUGGCCAAGAGUUUCCAAGAGUUGUCCUCCAAGAAGCAGUUCAACUGGACAACUAAAGUCAGCAAUGAAGAACAUCAACAAGAAGUAGCUGAAGAAGAUCCAUGCCUUAAAGCCUCCUCAAACACAAACAACAACACUGAAGAUGGAAAAACAGACAACAUAAAGUUAUCUUCCUUGAAACCUCCACAACUCUCAAACUCCAAGUCUUGUUCCUUAAACACUAUCCAUGAAGACAAGACACAGGACAAGAAGUCAAUUCAAGAAUCAGAAACAUCAGCUUCAUCAUCUGUCUCAACAAGGAGGAAAGCAGUAGUGGCCAAGCUGAAAUCAGUACUAGCAUCACUUGGUAGGAACAGAGGAAAUUUCCAACAAGGUCUAGGAACCAAAGUUGUUGGCACCCUUUUCGGACGCAAACACGGGCAUGUACAUUUUGCAUUUCAGAAGGAUCCCAAUUCACAACCAGCUUUCUUGGUCGAACUCGCGACCCCCAUAAGUGGACUAGUCCAUGAAAUGUCAUCGGGCUUGGUUAGGAUUGCAUUGGAAUGUGACAAGACAGACGAGAAGAAAUCAACUAGACUCCUAGAUGAGCCUUUAUGGAGGACUUAUUGUAAUGGCAAGAAAUGUGGCUUUGCAUCAACAAGAGAAUGCGGUGCAAAAGAAAAGCAGAUUCUGAAAGCUGUGGAGCCUAUCUCUAUGGGUGCUGGUGUUUUGCCGGGGAAUGAUGAAUGUGAUUCGGAGGAUGUAAUGUACAUGAGGGCUAAAUUUGAGAGAGUUAUGGGGUCCAGAGAUUCCGAGGCAUUCUACAUGAUGAACCCUGAUAGUGAUGGAGUUGCUGAACUUAGUAUCUACUUGCUCCGAGUCUAAUUAAAUGAAGGAGGUUGACAGUAGGAUUCAUAUAGCCGACUCCAACUUGUCUGGUAUUGAGACGUAUGUUAUUAGUAUAGCCAUGUUAUGUCUUUACUUUUUGUUUCCGUUCUCAGAAGAAAAUCCGGUAGGAGAACGGAAACUGGUUGAUGUAUUUCUUUUUGCUUUCUUGGGUGGAAUGGGAGAUAUAUAUUAAUGACAUAACCAUAUUAUACUUGCA